AUGGAGCAGUGUCCAGAAGAUUUUCACACUUUGGUGAUGAUUGUGCUUCUUGAGUUGGAGAGAACCAUUUAUCUCCAGUUUUUCCUGCAUGAGAAUUCAACAGAGGCUAUAGCAGUAGAUUCUAACAAUCAGUCGAAGUCCCCACUGGAGAAGUUUAUGGUCAAACUGUGCACUCAUCAUCAGAAGCAGUUCAUCCGUGUCCUGAACGAUCUGUACACUGAAUCCCAGCCGGGCACCGAGGACCUGCGACCUGAUUCUGGAGCAAUGGAUGCAUCCACUUGCAAUGCUGGCUGUGCCCAGCUAGGCACCAGACAUAAGGAAAAGGAUGCUGCAUGUCUCAAUAUGAUGUCUCCUACUUCUGUAGAUUUGUUUGUAGACUCAUCAGGCUCACACAGCCCUCCACACUUGACAGAACAGGCCCUGAAGGAGCCUCCUCCUGAGACAAACUCUGUAGAUGGAAGAGAGAAUGCCUUGACUAUUACCCAGAAAGAUUCCUCUGAACUUCCAACCACUAAACCUAAUUCUGGUAGUUCAACAGAUAGUUGCAGUCUGGGAUACCUCACCACACCGAAUUCUUCCUCAUUAAGCUUCCACCACAUCGCUAAGAGCUUGGAGGGGCAAACCACUGGACCGGAGCAAGACACAGAUGUGAAAAUGUGUGAGGAGGGGAAAGACCAUAUGCAGAGCUCAGCUUUAGUAGAAAGUCUGAUUGCAGUGAAAGUGGCAGCUGAGAAUAGUGAGGAGAGCAACACCUGUAUUGUUUCUCAAAGAAAUUCAUUCAAAGCUUUAUCAGAAGAGGCUUGGGACUCAGGGUUUACUGGGAAUUCACCUAGAACUGCUGACAAAGAGAAUGCUUUACUGUGUAGCUCAAAAACACCUUUACGCCAAGAGUUAGAGUCCAGUGAACAAGAUUCAAGGCCAAAGCAAGAGAACCAUCUUCAUUCACUAGGAAGAAAUAAGGUGAGUUAUCAUUUACAUCCCAGUGAUAAGGGUCAGUUUGAUCAUUCCAAAGAUGGUUGGUUAGCCCCUAGCCCCAUGCCAGCCGUACACAAAGCAUCUAAUGGACAUUCGCGAACCAAGAUGAUAUCAGCCUCCAUUAAGACAGCUCGGAAAAGUAAAAGGGCAUCAGGGUUGAGGAUAAACGAUUACGAUAACCAGUGUGAUGUAGUUUAUAUCAGUCAGCCAAUAACAGAAUGCCACUUGGAGAAUCAGAGAUCAAUAUUAUCUUCUCGAAAAACAGCCAGGAAGAGUACUCGAGGAUACUUCUUCAAUGGUGAUUGUUGUGAGCUGCCAACUGUUCGCACACUGGCCAGAAAUUUGCACCCCCAAGAAAAGGCGAGCUGUUCACCAGUGGAACCAGAGGGAGCGGUCACUCCCAGGCAGACCCUUCCACAUUCAGCCCCUGGACCUGCAGUGGAUAUGCAGGAUCCCAGAGAGGACGACCAUGAGGAACCUAGUAAAGAAAUAACCUCCCUCAAGGAAGGAGAAAGAGAAGCUUCCUCUGAAAAGGAAUCUCAAGAGCCUGAGGUUUGCCCCACAACAAAUAAACCAAAUCCGAGCAGCUCUCCUAGGUCAGAGGAAACAACAGCCUCCAGCCUGGUGUCGCGUCUCCCUGCUCACCUUCCCGAAGAGGACAUGCCAGAAGGCAGCUCCAUGGUCUCAACUCCCACAGCAAGUGGGAUGGCUUCCCCUGAACGAGACCAACAACCAGUCGAACUGCUGGAUAUCAAGGAGGGGACUGUCACCCAAGACUGUCACCUGAUUUCCUCUACUGAGAGCAUUUCUGAGGGAGGCAGUGAAGAUGUUGUUUCUAGGCCUCAUUCUUCUCCUGAAAGAGUCAGUAGAGAGGAAGGUCCUCUGUGCUCAGAAAGUCAGAGUCCCCCAGUGGGCUUGGAGCCUCCCCUGAGCCUGGGAAAAGUUGAAGACAGCCAAAGCAUCAGUACCAAGGCCGAGACUGAAGACACUCAGGAGCUAGAUACUGACCCACUCUUGAAGGAAAGCAGCACUUUUACUAAUGAAAACCCCAGCAAAAUUGAGGACAGUGAGGCAGCAGGUGGUACAGGAAAAUCAGAGGGACAGGGCAGUGAUGUAAAACAGUCUUCAGAAAAAGAUAUGUGUGAUCAAAACAUUGACUCCCCUGAAGAGAAUGUGGACAAGAAGAAAAAAGGUAAAAAACUCCCUGAGGCCUCUGACAGGUGCCUGAGGAGUCAGCUUUCAGAUCCCUCCUCUGCCGAUAGGUGCCUAAGAAGUCAAAGUUCAGAUUCUUCCUCUGCUUGUCCUGAGAUCAAGAUUUCUAAAAAUCCUGGUAUGAAACGUUCUAAGAAAGAAGGGUACUCUGGCGAGACAGCAUCAGAGGGCCUUCUGGCUGACGGUUUCCAUACAAAAGGUCUGGAGGACCCUGAAAACCCAGGUGUCGAUGAAAAUCCCUCUGAGAAAGACGCUGAGCAGGAGGGCGAAGGAGGUGGGAUCAUCACCAGGCAGACUUAUAAAAACAUGCUGGCGAAAGAAGUCAAGGGGGAAGAAGGAGAUAUUUUCCCCAGCAGUGAUCCCAUAACCACAGUUGGCCAGCCCCUGCCUGGAGAGAGACUGGAAAUCUAUGUUCAGUCUAAGUUAGGAGAGAAAAAUGCUCAUGACCCCUCAGAAAGUAUUCCUUGUACUUUCCCAGAACAAUCAAAAGAGAAGCCAGACCCAGUUCCUGCACAAGAUCCAGAGGCAGUUGCGAAUGAGGUCGGCACUGCAAACGCCCAGCGUAAAGAUGACGAUAGUGACGUGCCGUCCAGUGCACUUGGGUUGUCAAGUAGUGGAAGUGGUGAUGCCGCUGGGCCCCCAAAAUGGGUACCAAGGCUUACAAGACUGACUUCUUCAACCUACAACCUAAGGCACGCUCAUUCUCUGGACUCCUCAGAUACUGCAAAAAUGACUUCAGAAAAGGAAGUAGCUCAAGGAAACCCAAUGCCAAAGGAAAAUGAAGCUUCGGAGAGUGGAGAUCGUGUAGACGAGGAUGAUGUGGACAUGGUGGUAGAUGACCAGCCAAAGUUUGUGGAAUGGUGUGCAGAGGAGGAGAACCAAGAGCUUAUUGCCAACUUCAAUGCACAGUACAUGAGAGUUCAGAAAGGCUGGAUCCAGCUGGAGAAAGAAGCCCAGCCAACACCAAGAUCAAGGAACAAGUCAGAUAAACUGAAGGAGAUUUGGAAAAGCAAGAAAAGGUCACGGAAAUGUAGGGGUUCAUUGGAGGUUCAAAAGUUUUCUCCUGUUCAGAUGCUGUUUAUGACAAACUUUAAAUUAUCUAAUGUUUGCAAAUGGUUCUUAGAGACAACUGAAACCCGGUCUCUGGUGAUUGUGAAGAAGCUCAAUACUCGUCUUCCGGGAGACAUCCCCCCUGUCAAGCAUCCUCUUCAGAAGUACUCUCCUUCCAGCCUGUACCCCAGUUCACUACAGGCUGAACGCUUGAAAAAACACUUGAAGAAAUUUCCUGGAGCUACUCCUGCUAGGAACAAUUGGAAAACACAGAAGCUCUGGGCCAAAUUUCGAGAGAAUCCUGACCAGGUGGAGCCAGAGGAUGGCAGUGAUAUCAGCCUCAGCCCCAAUUCUGAAGACAGCGUAGAGGAAGUCAAAGAAGGUCGAAAUAGCCAUCCUCCCACAAACUCACCUACCCCAGCCAGUACCCGGAUCCUUAGAAAAUAUUCCAAUAUUCGAGGAAAGCUCAGAGCCCAGCAAUGUUUGAUCAAGAAUGAGAAAAUGGAAAACCCGUUUGGGCAGGCUGUGGAAAGUAAACAGAGUUGUAAGAGUGUAUGCAUCAACCCGCUGAUGUCCCCCAAGCUUGCCCUGCAAGUGGAUGCAGAUGGGUUUCCUAUUAAGCCCAAGAGUACUGACGGAAUGAAGGGAAGGAAAGGGAAGCAAAUGUCUGAAAUCUUGCCGAAAGCAGAAGUGCAGAAUAAACGCAAGAGGACAGAAAGCGGCGGCGCUCAGGACAGGAAGGACACAGGAAGGUCCCCUGUGGUGAAAGCCAGCAAAGACAAGCAUGCCGAUGGAUCCACCAGAACCCCUGCGGCCAAGAAGCCAGCUGUGAGGGACCGAAUCAGCCAGCUGCCCAAAAAGACAUCCUUGAAAGAGAAUAAGCUGAAGACCGCUAAGAAGUCUCCUGGGAAAAGCUGCCCUCCGUCCAGGAGGGAAAAAGAGAAUACAAACAAAAGACCCACACAGCCCUCUGCCCCGGAGAUAGGGAUGAAACCUGCAAAGCAAAAGGGGGCAGGUGAAUCCUCUUCAAGACCACAAAAAGCCACCAACCGGAAGCAGAGCAGUGGAAAGACUCGGGCCAGACCCUUGACGAAAACCCCAGAGAGCAGUGCGGCCCAGAGAAAGCGAAAGCUGAAGGCAAAGCUGGACUCUUGUCACGGCAAACGGAGACGGCUGGAUGCGAAGUGAUCGGAAGGCUGGCAGCCACAAGCUAAACUGUCCUACAGAAAGUAACCCUUCACUUUGCAUUAACUAAGUCUGCUUUUAUAAGCUCAGCCAGCCUUUCAGAUCUGCAGUUAACGGAGAACACCACCAUUGAAGAUGUCAGAAAAUGCAUCUCAGAUGGAGAAGGGAACUUGCAGUCUUUCUCUGAGGCUGAGUAAGGGAAGUUAUAUAUUAUAUUCUGGUUGUUCCUUGGGUUUUAAACUUGGAACCAAGCAGUUUUAGUUUUUAAAAGUACAGUGCCUUAUUUAUCCUUUUUGUUUUUAAAUUUACAAAAGCUAAAAAGCUGAUCUAUGUGAUUAAAGGCUUGUAUUUUAUACUUGAUGCACAAGCACUUGUACUGUAGCCGAGAAGACCACCAUCAUGCACAUAAAAGUAGCUUUUCAGCAGCCAUCCUGCAGUGUCCGUACCUGAACAGAUGCUCCUCUUUGCAAACCCGAGCAGUGAACUUCCCUCUCUGUCUUGUUUGUUUAAAUGAUAUUCGAAAGCUAAACCAAAUCAUUUUUAUGGUAUGUGGAGAUUGCAGAGGGAAUUUAUAAUUAUUAUGAAAGAUGAAUAUUUCUGUUACCCCUUUUUUAAAAA